AUGCAGGAAAACGUAAUUACAAAAAUAAAUGAUGCCAAGUCGUGCUUAAUGGGCGUCUUGGGUAGUACCAAAGAGGCAAGUGUUCUGCAAGAGGAGCCUGACCAGAAAAACGUGGACAAAUCGAAAGAGGAUGUAGAAAGAGCAGACGUGAGUGGCUUGAGUGAGAAGCCGAGUGGAAAGGACCAAGACGAUUCAUUGCCUGCUAACCAAGAUUCGGAUGUUUUAAAAAAAAGGAAAACAGGAACAGUUCUGAGUAGGCGAAGUGACAACUGUGAGACAUCCACAGGGGAAAGCAAGGCAGAAGAUAGUGUUGCAAAGUCCAUUGGAGGGAAUGAAGACGCAGAAAAGCAAGUGAGUAAAGAGAACACUUCUUACUAUCCCCACCAUGUCAAGGCAGAAGAUAGUGUUGCAAAGUCCAUUGGAGGGAAUGAAGACGCAGAAAAGCAAGUAUGCGCAACGGACACAGAGGGAAAGGAAGAAUUGGAAAAGGCAUGCUCUACAUCGGAAAAAAAAAUAAAACGAAAUAAUCUCUCGGACGUACAGUACAUAGAGAGUCUCAAGUGCGAAAUUGAUGAAAAACGAGACGGACAGCCUGUACAAAAAUAUGAGAGCAAGCUGAAUCCAGUGGCCCCCGAGUUCAAGCCGCAGAACUCGCUCUACGUGUAUCAAAAGAUGCAGCAACACACGACAAAAAAUUUGGUAAUGCUGAUAAAAUCCUUCGGGUACCAGGGAAUAAAGAUGGAGAAAAUUUCUGGGGAGUACUGCAAGAAGUACAACGCGUUGCUCAAUUUGAGGUACGCAGGGUUUAGCAACAUAUAUGACAUGGUCAGGAGCCUGGACCACUGCCUGAUUUGCGAGCAGGAGAAAGCGGCAGCGCAAACAGCUGACGACGCGACGGCGAACGCGGAGGAGAAAGCGACGGAAGGAUGUAAAGUGUCGCAUGACAACGACUCAGAGAAAAACUUAACCAUAAAAUAUAAAACGCCAAAGAUGAACGAAGACAAGACGUUUUUUCUAAAGGUCAUUCUAGGUACGAUAGGAGAAUGCACCAACUACAAUUCUCAUUUGACGGAGGAGGAAACACCAGCGAAUGGUAGUGUCUCCUUGACGAAGCUGCAGCAGGAGGUAAAGAAGCUGUUCGGGUCUUCAUUCAAUUUGAAAAUAUUACAAACCAGAUGUGGAAUUGACAAACUUCAAGCUUUCCUAGAAGAGAUUCAAGAAAUACAAAUAAUAUCACUUCCUAAUGAUGUGAAACUUAGAAUUACUCCACUAACUUAUAGUUAUAAGAUUCCUGAUCUGAAGUCGUUAAGGUCGCUACCGAGCAAUGAGUUGAAAGUUAAUGCACCCUCCAAAAUGGGUAGCAAAAAAGUUUCCGUCUCGACACAUUUCGUUGAACAGCAUUUUAGGUCGAAUUCAUUUAACGGGGGAGACAAUAGUAUCCUUAGUGCACUGAACAGCAGGGACAGAGGAUCCCUUAGCAAUGUACAGGUGGGGAGUAUUCUCACUGGGAAGAACGACUCUAAGAAGAAAAAAUUUAAUUCCAAUGGAAGUUUUGCUUUUCCGACUUCCAAGUCGCAUGAGCGCAUCUGGAAGGGUGUCGUGGGUGGUAGCGUGCUUCGAAGUGGUGGCAGCCUGCUUCAUGGCCUCUUCACCAACAACGUGCCCGGCGAUGGGGAUGGCGAUGGGGAUGGAGAUGGCGACGCCUACAGCGAAUCGGGCCUCCAAAUAAAAGGAAGCAUUACUCAAGACCCCUGCGCCAAUUUGAUAUGCAAGCUUAACAGGCAGGGUAGUGAGGGGAGCCACGACAACUCGUGUAUGUACUCGAGUGACUGGGUGAGCACCCAUGGACUGAAGCCUCAUUCAAAGCAGAACUCAAAUGGGAGUCACAACUGGAGCCACAGCCAGGGCCACCACCCCUUCAUCAAAAUGCUCACCAAGACACAACUACACAUUCUGUUAUACCAGCUGAUAGUAGUCCUCACGGAGAGGCAGAAGAUGGAGUGGGAACACAUAGUUAAAAUAAAGGAAGAAUUGCUGCACCAGAGUAGUAGCAAGACAUAUGAAAAUGAAAAUUUGGGCAGAUUUGAAGUGGAGAUGAGCAGGGACGAAGUGUGUGUUGAUAAGGUAGAGGGGGAUGGUCACAAUGGACCGCAGCUAAUGGCAUCAACGGAGGGAAUGACCUCAAAAGAGGAGCCGAAUGAAGUCCAGACAGGGGGUGAAAAAGGACAAGAGCAACAAAACUACUCAACCACGAACACCUCCGAUUUUGUACAUGAAAUUUUCACCACACAAGAAACGGCAAACCAGAGCAUAUCGCACAAGGAACCAUGUGGAGAGGAUGCGAAGGACCCACUAGCGAGUUCACUUGAGAAAGGCACAGAUGAAGAAGCAUCUGAGAGCAUGAUCGGUGUGUUUGUCUCCUCCAUUAAGAGUGAAUGGAACAAGGCCUACUCGGAGCAGUACCCUUUGAGCUUCUACUUGAACCACUACAAGGCAAAAAAGCUGAGGAGACUGCUGGAGGAAAUUCCAAACCUGGUUAUUGCAGGGAGUAGUAGAAGCAUACAGGUGUUUACAUUAGACACUGCUCAGUAUUUUUAUGAAAAUUUUUUUUCGGAGGAGCUUUCUAGUUUGAAGACCUUCGCCCGGUCCAAGUUCACCCCGAUGAGUGCCUCGCACUACUUCAAGGACGCCACGUACAAGGACGUCGCCGCGGAAUUCGCCAGAGGGGACUGCUCAAGGAUGAUGAAGGUGCUAGGAAUGGACCACCUGAAGCCUCCCUGUGCGACUGUGAGCAAAAGCUAUGAAAAAAUUAUGAACAAGUACAGGAAAAAUCGAAGCAGUAACCGCGUGGGCAGUUACAUGAACUACAGCAACAAAAUGUUCGGUAGCUCCAGUGGGGACAGACAUGCCAUGCCGUUCCUUCCACAUGGGGGAGGUUCCUUUUUGAGCCAUGAAGGGGGUGCUUUCCCUCAGGGAGUGACGUUUCUUCAUAACAACGUAGAGAACAGUAACCUUGAAGUGCUACGAUACCACCUGCACAAGCUUCUAUACAAUCUGGUCAUUCACGUGUGCAAAUUUCAAAACUCAUUACACCUAGCUUACAAGAAAAGUGGAGUGAUCUUGAGCGAGUAUGAAAUGAACAAGCAGAUGUGUGGCCCGAUUUACUACUCCUCCGACUUAACAUAUGAAGAUUUCAUAACAGACAGACAGAGCUUAUUUGAGAAGGAGCAAGUAGCCAAGACGCUCUUCCUCCUGUCUCAACAUGGGAUCUAUGGGAUCAAAUUUAUACAUCUAACUAAUGAGUGGUACAAAUUGUACAAGUGCGAAUUGCGACCCCUCAUGCGUAUAUGUGAAUAUAAUGAAAUUGGAAAAAUGAUUUGUAGCAUGACGAAUGUGCUUGUCGUGGGAGAGGGGUUCGACACGAAGUACAUUCCUAGCGUGGAGGUGGACGCAGAGCGAAACCACUUGGAAGAAUUUUCCCCCGACAGCUUUGCCAAAAUGAUCUCCAACAACUUCCCUCAAAAUGUGCCUAGCGCCUUCCCAACACCAUCGCAAGGCAUAGCAGCUACGCAGACGCAGCAGAGUGGACCCUACGAAAGCAUCAUGGAGAUUCUGUUUCCAAAUAUAACAUCCCAGAGGAAUGCAAAUUUGCAAAAAAGCCACAGCGGAAUUGGUCCCUUUUUUAGGAACAGCAUGGGUGGCUAUGGAAGGGGCACAUCCAAGAGGGACAUAAAUAUAAGCAGCCUAUUCAGAAAUUUGUAA